UUCUCAAACACCCUGUGUUUGCCGAUUUAAGAGAAACCAAGAGAUAUACAAACUCAAUCUGUCCAGAAAACCCAAAUUCUCUGGUUUUAAUCAAAAAGAUGAUCGAUCAAAUUCUACAACUGCAUCCUGGAUCAUCAUGGCUGCAUGUUGGAGGUGAUGAGGUCUGGAACCUCAAGACUUGUUCUAAAUGUAAAAACAACAAUGAGUCCAAUUCCGACAUUUUUCUUGGUCACAUGAUUCCAGUUUUAGAAUACGUCAAGCAACACAGUAAAACACCUAUCAUGUGGGAUGAUAUGAUGAGAGACUGGGACCUAAACAAGCUGAUCAGAAUGGGUCAAUUGGCGGAGCCAAUGUUAUGGGGGUAUCGAACUCCAUUAAGUCAACAUUUUCCUAAAGACACAUGGUCAAGAUAUAAUACAGCAUUUAAAAGAGUUUGGAUGGCUAGUGCCUUUAAAGGGGCGUUUAAAUCCAAUGCAGACUAUGUCAAGAUUGAUGUUCGUGUUCAAAACAAUCUCGACUGGGUUCACGCUGCUUCYAAUCUUCCAAAUGUGACCGUGGCGGGAUUGGCCCUGACGGGAUGGAGUAGGUAUGAUUACUUUGGUUCAUUAUGUGAGCUUCUGCCAGCUGCAAUCCCCUCUCUCGCUGUUUGUUUGACAGCUAUCAGAAAAGGUAAGUCCACCCAAUCAAUGAACCUGAUCAAAAGACCGUAUGCAUUGCAUUACUUGACUAUCACACUGGUGGAGUCUGUGCACGUUUUCAUGAGAGCAAGAAGAGUUAUCCUGAGCAUUUUUUAUUAUUAUUAG